AUGUUUGUUAUUUUUGUCAAGUUUUGUAAUCAAGAUAUUCCUAAAUCCCAAUUUUCUGCUUUAUGCAUCUUAGCUUUUGCUGCUGCUGCUGUUACUUCCCCUACUUAUGAUCCUAUUGUGUACAAGUUUGACGCUCAAGUUUUGCUUGAUAGCGAUGACCCUUUAAACGGCGUUGCUAUUGAAAAGGUUGGUUCUCAUCCAUUUGUGUUCCUGGUUGGUGGUGACGAAGGUAAAGACUUAUCUUUGACUUUGAACGAUCAAGAGAAAACUUUAAUUGACCAAGAUGAACUGGGGUUUAUAUUAACCCAGACACUGGUGAAGUUGGGAGUGUAA